AUGCGCAGCGGCUCCUCCUCUUUGCCCGUCUCUGUCAUGGCGCCUACACAGAGGAAAGCGACUGUGGGGAAAAGUGGAAAGAAGAAGAAGCAGCUGCUGAAGUUCACCCUGGACUGUACCCAUCCUGUGGAGGACGGCAUCAUGGACGCGGCCAACUUUGAGCAGUUCCUUCAGGAGCGGAUCAAAGUGAAUGGAAAGGCCGGGAACCUGGGCGGAGGCGUGGUGUCCAUCGAGAGGAGCAAGAGUAAGAUCACUGUGUCGUCUGAGGUUCCCUUCUCCAAGAGAUACCUGAAGUACUUGACCAAGAAGUACCUGAAGAAGAAUAAUCUGCGUGACUGGCUCCGUGUCGUGGCCAACAGCAAAGAGAGCUACGAGCUGCGAUACUUCCAGAUCAACCAGGACGAGGAAGAGGAGGAGGACGAAGACUGA